AUGCAACCAUGGGCCCUCGUCACGCCGGCCUCGCGUGGCAUCGGCAUGGAGCUUGCGAGGCGAUUGCUGCAGACGACCAAUGUGCCGGUCGUUGCUACCGCGAGGAAGGAUCUUGAUCAGACGAGGGAGAAUGUGCUGAAAGGGUUGGACGGCGUGCGAGAAGAUAGGCUGGGUGUAGUUAAGGUCGACGUGCUGGGGCAGGGGCUAAUGGUUGCAGACGAGCAGUCGAUCUCGGACGCGGCAGAGCAGGUCUCUAAGUGGUAUCCGAGAAAAGAGGCAUAUCUCCACCUCUCCCUCUGCGUGCCCGGCAUCCUCUUCCCAGAAAAAGCACCUUCCCAGAUCAACUACGACGAUGCCCUGCGCACCUUUCAGACCAACACGCUGGGACCGAUGAUGCUGAUCAAGCACUUCUCUUCCCUCCUUCCUCGCAAAUCCGCAACGCUGUCAGGAGAGAAAGGCCUGCCAGCACAAGCGGUAUGGAUGAACAUGAGCGCCCGCGUAGGCUCAAUCAGCGACAACGGACUUGGAGGGUGGUACUCCUAUCGAGCAUCAAAAGCUGCCGUCAACCAAGUCACAAAGACAUUCGACAACUACUUGCGAAUGAGCUCGGGAGAGAAGGCGAUGAGUAUAUCCAUGCACCCGGGCACCGUCAAGACGGGCUUGAGUAAAGAGUUCUGGGGCAACGUCAAGGAAGAGAAGUUGUUCAGCACGGAAUAUGCUGCUGAUAAGCUGAUGGAGGUCAUCAAUAGUCGGGGUAUAGAUGAUAGAGGGAAGUUCUGGGAUUGGAAGGGCGAGGAAGUGCCGCCUUGA